AUGUCCUUUAUAAUCACAAAUGAAGAAGAAAAUAUUUUUAAAAUGAUUCUAAGUUGCACUCCUAACAAUGUUGUACCAAGGGUAGCAGGUGGUUGGGUUAGAGAUAAGCUUAUGGGCAUAAAUUCAUAUGACAUGGAUAUUGCCUUAGAAAAUAUUACUGGAUAUGAAUUUGCUAAACUACUUGAACAAAAAUUUAAAGAUUCCAUGUCCAAUGUGAAUGUCGUACAAAUUAAUCCUGAUAAAUCUAAACAUUUAGAAACAGCUGUUUGUAGAAUUAACGGCAUUUUAAUAGAUUUUGUAAAUUUGAGGUGUGAAAAGUACACAGACACUCGAAUACCAUUAAUUACUAUUGGCACUGCUCAAGAAGAUGCCUUUAGAAGGGAUUUGACUAUUAACGCUCUUUUUUAUAAUUUAAUUACUAAAGAAGUUGAAGAUUUUACUGGAAUGGGAAUAAAAGAUAUAAAAAACAAGAUAUUAAGAACACCACUCGAUCCAUUUAUCACAUUCUCUGAUGAUCCUUUGCGCAUUUUAAGACUCUUUAGGUUUAAAGCCAAGUUAAAUUUUGAUAUUUAUUCUGAGAUACAAAAAUCUCUAAAUAAUUUGGAUUUAAAACUGCAUUUAAAAAAUAAAGUAUCGAAAGAAAGAGUGAAUAUUGAAAUUUUUAAAAUGAUAAAUUAUAAAUAUGGAUAUUUAGGAAUACAUGAACUUAUAAAAUAUGAAUAUAUUGAAUCCGUAUUUAAUCUUAAAUUAAAUAAAGAAAAAAUAUUAGAUUACUAUCAGGCUAUAAAAGAAUUGAAUGAUGAAGAAUAUAGAUGGAUUUACAAUCUUUAUAUUAUUUUUCUUGAGUCUUCUUGUCAACUAGUACAAGAUAAAAAUAAAAAAAAAUUUUUAAAUUUUGUAAUUUGUAGAGAUAAUUUAUGCUGCUCAUCAAGAAUAAUUAAUACUAUAAAAGAAAUUGAGGAAGGACUUUAUUUGUAUAAAAUGUUAAAUUUUGAAGAUUUAACACUUUAUAACAUUUAUUUUAUAAUUAUCAUUUUAGGCUCAUAUUAUCAAAUUAUACUCAAAUUAGAAUGUAUAAAGAAUAACAGUCAAAUUCUACAAAAUUUUAUAAAUUAUUUAGAUCAACAUAAAAUAAGUUAUAACUUUUCUAAACCAAAAAUAGAUAUUAAAGACAUUGACAAAAAACUUAAUAUCGAGAAAAAAUAUAUAUCAUACAUAGUAAAGGAAAUAAAAGUUUAUCAAAUAUGCAAUCCAGAUAGUGAUUUACUAGAUCAUCUUUUAAGAAAUAAAUUAGAAAUUAUAAAUAAAUUUGAUAAAGUUAAGAUCCCUUAUUUAAAUGAAUAA